GUCCCGCCUUCAAGUCCCUUCCUUCCCGGUGCUGGCGGGCGGGCCGCGGCGACUGCAGGCGGCGGACGGGCGGACCGGCGGACGGGCGGGCGUCUCCACCUCGCUCCCUCCCUCGCUGCCGGCUUCCUUUUGUUUUUCUGGGAGGCGAUGAGCACAGGGCCGGCGCGGAGGCUGCGGGCGCACGGAGGCCCGCGCUCCUAGCCACCCUCCCGGCCUCGGCGCGCUAGUCCCGGGCAGCGGCCCGCGCCCGCCCCAGCACCAGCUGCGCCGAACUUGGGCUCGGGAAGCCGGCGGACCGCGUCCUGCGCCGGAGCAGGGGUGACCAGCCGCUGCCAUGGGCAAGCAGAACAGCAAGCUGCGGCCCGAGGUGCUGCAGGACCUACGCGAGAACACGGAGUUCACCGACCACGAGCUGCAGGAGUGGUACAAGGGCUUCCUGAAGGACUGCCCCACCGGCCACCUGACCGUGGACGAGUUCAAGAAGAUCUAUGCCAACUUCUUCCCAUACGGCGACGCCUCCAAGUUCGCCGAGCACGUCUUCCGCACCUUCGACACCAACGGGGACGGCACCAUCGACUUCCGGGAGUUCAUCAUCGCGCUGAGCGUCACGUCCCGGGGCAAGCUGGAGCAGAAGCUCAAGUGGGCCUUCAGCAUGUACGACCUGGACGGCAACGGCUACAUCAGCCGGAGUGAGAUGCUGGAGAUCGUGCAGGCUAUAUACAAAAUGGUGUCCUCUGUGAUGAAAAUGCCCGAGGAUGAGUCCACUCCGGAGAAACGAACGGACAAGAUCUUCAGGCAGAUGGACACCAACAACGACGGCAAACUGUCCCUGGAAGAAUUCAUUAAAGGUGCCAAGAGCGACCCCUCCAUCGUCCGGCUGUUGCAAUGCGACCCCAGCAGUGCCAGUCAGUUCUGAGGGGCCGGGCGCCCCGACGGUGGCGGAGGAACCCAGGCUCGUCCCGCCGUCGAAGCUUUGCUUGCAGAAGCGGACGCCGCCUCCACCGUUCCUGCUCACCGGGGCCCAGGCGACCUGCCCGGCCUGGUGGCUGGGCCUCCCUCCUCCACCUGGCCUCCUCCUGUCCCCCUGCCCGGCCCCCCACCAGGGACCCCACCCCCACCCCCCGGGGAGGCGUUUACACGCAGGGCUCACAGUUCCGGCUCCCGGGGCAUGUCCCCGCCCCAGGGAGCCCGGAGAACACCGCCAAGGACACGGAUGGGACUUGCUGAGAUCGAGACCAGGCCAGCUGUUGUAUGUGGUGUUGGCAGGUGGCCGUGGGAAAGGUGGGGACGAGAGCGGAGGGAAAGUAGACGGGCGAGCCCUCCCCGUGCAUGGCCCCACCUCGCUCGUGCAUUUCCUCUGACCAAAGCUGCUUGCACGUACGGAUACUGUGGCCUCCUUCCUUUACGUGUAUAAAUUAUGCCCCUGGUGAAGUGACGUGUGCCGUGUAGGUCCCGUAUUUCGUGCCUCCGUUGCCUGUGAUGCGUGGUCCCCCCCCCCCGCCCCAGUGGCCCGUGAUCCGCCCCCGAGCCUGAUUAUUUUGUGGUAUUUAUGCGCUCUCUCAAUCUGCCCGUUUCCAAGGAAAUGCAUGCGUGCCCAGUGCCGUGGUGACCGUCCGUCCAUCCACGUAGUGAACGCAGGCAUCUGUGUAAGGUCUGUCCUCCCUGUUGAUUGGUCUGGCAUUUCCUGUAUUAAAAAUGAUCAAAUAAAUGGAAUUCUCGGA